UGUCUUUUUCCAUCAGGCUAAACAAGCAGCUCUUGCUUUGCGGGCAGUGAUGCCGUCUGUGCUGCUGGGAAAGCGUGAAUAAAAGCGCUCCGCUUACAACACCAUAAGGGACAAGCAGAUGGCUGUGAAAGCUAAAAUUCUUGUCUAGAAGCAUACAGCUCUCUUACUAGCAAUCCUGACUGACUUGAGUUUUGUAUAUGGUUCCUGGAGGAUUUUUUUGAGGUUUCUGACAACGUUAGGAACAGCAUUUGAGAUGACUGCAGUGGAGAAGAUUGAGGAGCAGCUUGCUAGUCUGCACAUAGCAAAACGUUCUAUGCUAAGCGAGGAACCUGCUUACUUACUGGAUAUAGACAUUUCCAAAUCUGCUCAACCUGAAAGCAGUCGCUUUGUGGCAGUUUCGUGUUCCAAUAAGUCAAUUAGGGUAUAUAACAGGGAAACAUUAAACUUCCUGCGGGAGUACAGUAGCUGUCCUGGGAUACUUAAUGGAGUCAGAUUUGCACACACAUGUGACAGCAUAGUGUUUUCAGCAUGCAGUGAUGGUACAGUAAAAUGUUGGGAUAUUCGUUUAGCAACUCAAAAAGCUGUCCAGAUAUUUAGGGGCUAUCCUUCUAAUGUUUUCAUCAGUUUUGAUAUCAACUGCAGUGAUCUCAUAAUUUGUGCUGGAACAGAAAAGGUUGGAAAGGACACAUUUCUGGUGUUCUGGGAUGCAAGAGGCAUUACAAACUGUGCCAGUGCAGCUAAAGAACCCUUGGGAGUCUAUUCUGAAAGUCACAAUGAUGAUAUCACUAAAAUUUGUUUUCAUCCUAUUGAACCCAAUUUGGUAGUUUCUGGAUCAACUGAUGGGUUGGUUAAUGUGUUUGACAUUAACAAGGAUAACGAAGAUGAUGCUUUGGUAUCGACUUGCAAUUCAGAUUCAUCAAUAAGUUUUAUUGGCUGGUCUGGAAAAGAUUAUAAACAGGUCUACUGCAUGACACACGAUGAGGGAUUUUGUUGGUGGGACAUUGCUCAGUUAGAUACUGAAGAACCAAUAACACUACUGCAUGUUCUGGAUGUCAGAGAUGCAGUCUGUGUUGGAAACAACAGCUUACAUUACCUGGUAGGAGGCUUGUACCACGAAAAGGCGGACAAACUCUUUCUUGUUGGGGGAACGUCCACAGGAACCAUUCACCUAAUCAGCUGUGACACCGAUGGACUGCACCUGGUGGGUACCCUUUGCGGAGGACACGCUGCCACUGUUCGCUCCUUCUGCUGGAACGUGGCAGAGGAGUCUCUGCUGACGGGUGGGGAGGAUGCUCAGCUGUUGCUGUGGAAACCCGGAGCUACGGAAAGGUCCCCCGCAAAGAAGGCGUCUCUGAAGAUCGCUUCUUCCGUGCAGAAGAGGGUAAGAGUUCACAGCAGCCCCUUCAAAAGCAGGAAAAAGUAAAAUUGGGAAAGUGGGAAAACUCUGCUGUGUUAAGUUCUCCUGGUGGUUAAUCUCUUGGGUGAUCCUUGGCUGUGCUUUAUUUGGAGGUAGCCUGUGGAAAGAACUACGAUGCCUGAAUUCUGCCUGGGAAUAUAUUUCAGUCAUCAGAAGGAUGCCUUUUUUGUUUUGUUUUGUUUUUUAAGUUGCUAAUAUUAAUCAGCAAAGAGUAAAUGUUUGCUCUCGAGUUCUUGAACAAUAGAUCUUAAAUCAUAUUAUAUAAAAAUGUUUCUGUGGUUGUUUAACGUCUCAGCCAACUUUUUAAUGUGUAAUAUAGGCCUGUGGCUUGCAUAAUUUGUUACCUUCCCACUGAAAUUCCCUGGCAUGUUUUAAAAGCUUUUGUAUUUCAUGCUGCAUUUUGCUUUCUUUACAGAGAACUUAAUGAA